AUGGGGGAGAAGGAUGAUGCAGCCAAAUGGAUGUUUUCGAUUUUUGAGGCAAAGAAGUCUAGGAUGGAGGAGGUGAUGGACUGCGGAAAACAUGUACCUCUUGAUAUAACAGAAAAUGACUUUGAAGACUAUUUAGUCAUAGACAAACUGCUUGUGGAUUACUUCAAUGCAUUUCUCUCUCUGCCAUGUUUUCCAAAUCCAAUAAGAUUUAACGCAGAAACAGGGGUUUUUGAAGUUGUUGAUGACUCUGAGAAAGAUUUGAAAAUGCAAAUAAAAGCAUUGGUGCGUGCUCAAAGACCCAUGAAUCCCAUCUACAAUGUGACAAGAAAAUCAACAGGAAAGUCCCCCCCAGUAGUCAAAAAACCCACUCCUAAUGAACUUAAGAUACCAACCACUUUCAUUGUAAAGUGUCUGGAUCAGGAGCAGGGUGUUGCCUGGGUAAAAAAGGAGAGGCUGUCGGCGUUCCUCCAGAGUGACUGCUACUUUGAAUACAGGCUUGGAAAGUUGUUGUCUCAAAUAGAGUGUGCCUCUGGUUCUGUGCUACCACGGAUUGAUCGCACAUUCCAACCGUGGGCUAUAGAAAAUGUAGAAGUGGCUCCAGAGCCUUUCGUUGGAGAGCUGACAAAUUCCUUGAAGCAGGUGUACACUUGCUUUGGAGAGGCCAGCAUCACCGAGAAUAAAGUAGUGUUCAGUGAUGCAAUGUUACCUCACGAAUCAACAACUACAAUGUCUGUCAGGGGGUCCUUACCCUCAAGCUCAGAGGAAAAAGAAACUCGAGAGAUAAUUUCUACAAGCCACUUGACGGGAACAGUAUUCUUCCUGCCAGAAUCAGAGAAGUGCGAAGAAGAGGAAGAAAAGACUGAGGAGAAAAAGGAGGAAGGAACGAUUGAGGAAGAAAAGUCCAAGGAGACAAAGGAGAGAAAAAAGGAUGAGGAGAAAAAGGUGGAUGUGAAAGGAAAGCAUGGGAAAGGAAAGGAAGAGAAGGAAAAACAAGCAAGCGAUGAUAAGGAAACAGCCCAAAAUGCCGAGACUAUCCUACCUGAUGGGCAAAUAGCAGCACAGCUUGAUCAACCUGAGGUCAGUGAUGAUCUGGACAAGGAAUCUGAAAGCGAGGAGGACAAUGAAAAUGGGCCCUGCUACUUGAGGCAACGCCAUGGUUAUAACCUGAAGAGUCGAAAGGGAAUUGAAAAAUUUGAGCACUUUCUCGAGGGUACAGCUGGGGAGAAAUACUUCCGCCUUUGGAUCGACAUAGAAAGAUUAAGAGUCAUCACAGAUGCUAAAACGAAGCAAAGCCAAAUAAAAAAGCUACGGAAUCGGUAUUUAUUUAAUGGAGGAGAAUACUGCAUGAAUGCGGAGACACUUUCACGACUGGGUCUAUCAUAUGCCUCACUGUGGACGGAAGAAAACCUGUCUGAUGCACAACCAGAUAUAGUGGAGCCUCUGCUUCUGUACUGGGGACCCAGGUUCUGUAUUAAACAGAAUUUUCCUGCAAUACAUGCUGCCUUUCCUCUGAAGAAUUGGGAAGAACGUCAGCUAAGACCCAAGACUGAUGUGGGCCCAUUUCCAGAAACUGCUGUCACAUUGCCAAUUCGACCCAAAAUAACUUGCCCUUCAGAGCUCCAGAGUUCAAGUUCAAACAAACAGUGUUCCCCACCGACCCCAACAUUCCCCACUGACCCAACAUUCCCCACCGACCCCAACAUUAAGGUGGCUCAUUCAAGGGGUUGGGAAGUGUGUCUAAACCAUGGGCAGGAAGAUGAUGACAAUGCUCUCAUUACAGUUCCAACAAUGAGCAUUUGGUCUCAGAUCUCACAAUCAGAUACCGAAGAAAUGCGAAAAACAAUGGAAGAACAACGUAACGACAAAGUGAUGAGGAAUGCACGAUACAAAGAAGCUAUGUGCAGCGAGAAAAUGGAAUACCUGCUGCAAACACUGUACCAUGAUAACAAAGCUGGUUACUUCUUCACACAAUUCUGUGAAAAAUCACAUCAGUCAAUAUGGAAGAGCGCUGCUGAUUUAUGGUUUGAACUGCAGGAAUAUCAUCGGCUCUUCUACGCAAAUAAUUUUCAACCUUUCAAACUCAGGAGGCAAGCUCAGUUCAUUUAUGCUUCGUUCAUUAUUGAAAAAGCUGCUUCGGACAUUGAGGUGGAUGAAGACAUAAAGAAAGAAAUUUAUCACAAACUGGAGCCGCCGUUUGAGGAACUGUUUGAUUUUGCGGAGGAGUACAUUCUCACAUUGCUACUGGUCCCUUGGAUGCGCAUGAUCGAGACUGAUUUGUCAACUUACAGCAAGGUAAUGCAGUUCAGCACCUUGCAAAACUUGGAUUCUGUCUAUUGCAAGCAUCUUCAGGAAUUACAGCGAAAGUUUCUGCCACCACAGGAGUUUUCUCUUCAGCCCUGUGCCAAGUCUUCAAUGCGAUUAUUUGACAAUGCUGUUGAUGUAGACCAAUGGAAGAUUGUACCUGAGGAAUUCAGUAAUUACACACUAAACAUGCUUUUUCGCAAUCGCAUAGAACUGGGCAACUUUCAGCAGUACCUAAGUCAGCGUUUUGUGGGCAUAGAUCUCAAGUGCUGGUUGGACAUUGAACAGUUUAGAAGAAUAGCUCACCAUGCUGAAGCGUUGAGAAAUGCAAAGUCUAAGGAGAUCAAGAGCACCUAUCUGAAUCGCAAGUAUUUCUUUGGACCUGGCAGCCCUGCUUCAGCUAAUGAACAAGACAAGGUGAUGCAGUUGGCUGGGGGUUGGGGAAACCUACUCCACGAUCAGUUGUCUUCGGAGGUGCUGGUCGAAGUGCAGAGAAUAGUGAAAAAUCGUCUGGAAAAGAAAUGGCUUCCCAUGUUUCUGGCAUCGCCGGAGUUUGCUCAGAGACAGCACACACAGAUACAGAUUCAUGAUGUGGUAGAGGACCGUAUGAUCCAAAAGCAAAUUAAGAAGGGAAAGCAUUGGAAGCAGCAGCCUGUGAACAAAUGGAUAUCCUCAUCAAAACAUAUUAUUUCAUUCCGCAAAGCUCUGUUAAAUCCAAUCACAGCGCUUCAGUUCCAACAUUUUGUGUCUCUGAAGGGAGGCUUCUUGGAGAAUAAUGUGCUCUUCUGGCUUGAGGUUCAGAAAUAUAAGAACUUACAUCAUUCGCAUGCUGACAAGCAAACCAUUCAGAACAAAAUCAACACCAUCAUCGAUUGUUUCAUCAACUCCAAGAUCCAGCCGUCUGUGCAGAUUGACAUUACUGAAGAACAAGCGUCAAAAAUCAUGGCUCAGAGUGAGGAGCAGGGGCCUUAUAUCUUCAGAGAAGCACAGAUAACAGUCUUUAGCGUUCUCUUCACACUGUGGCCUGACUUCUGCAACUUCAGACAAAACGCAGCCGAGCAAAUGAAAUCUGAAAUCUCCGAAAUCUCUGAGGUGAAAAAAGCGAAAGAUGAAACGCUGAAUAAAAUGGAACAGGAAGAGGAGGCUGAAAUUCAGAGCCCUGAAAUAAACAAUAUUUUACGGAAUCUGGACACUGAGAGCGCCCCCAGUGAAAAUGUGCAUAAACUGUCAUUGAAGGGAGGAAGCAGCCUUAAUCUCUUUCCAUUUCUGAACAGAAAGAUUUCCUGGUCCUUUUCCAAAUACAUGGAGGCACUAGAGAGGGAAAAACAGUUGACUCGAAGACAGAAAAGUGUGGAAAAAAAGCAGCCUAUCGUAUUGCCAGUUGCUCCUCCAGAUGUUCAAUCCAUUUACAGCUUCGCUACAGAUGUUGUUAUUGCUGAGCGAUCCCAGUCAGCUCCAAUCAUGUUUGAAAUAGACAGCUUAAUUUCCAGUACAUUGCUCUGAGUACAAACAAGAUAGAACCUUGGAGCGCUCGGACAAAAUGAAGCCAAUGGAAGGAACACGC